AUGAGCUACUCGAUGUAUCAGCAGCCCGCGUUCCCACAGCUCUACCAGCAGUCCACGGCGCAAACAUCUCAGCCGCAGCAGACCCAAUCGCAGCCACAGCAGCAGACUUCCAGCUAUCCGGGCUACGCUGCUCCACAGCAAGCAGCAUCAACACCAACUCCGCAGGCGCAUUCUGCACCGGGACCAGGUCAGGGUCAAGUCGUGCAGGUGCCGCCUCGCGAGGAGGCAGUGGGCAACGUCGCUCACAUUGCAGUUACCGGCUGCACACACAGCACGGUCGGCGGGAUCGUGCGAGGGAAUUUUACAGCAAACGGGCAGAACCAUGGCAGGCCGACUUACAAGAAAGACACGCAGGUCAACGGUUUAGACGUUCAGCUGUACUACUGGGAUGACCGGGAUGGCCCAAACUUCUGUGGAUGGUGGUUCGGUCCCAAGGUUGGUGGUGACCAGGUGUGGGCGUACCACCCAAGCAGCUCAGCAGGCACCCCGCCUCGCACAGGCUGGAAGGUGCCUUACGAUGGACCUCCGGACCCCACCUUUGUCAUCACUCCGUCGCAGCCACCCAGCCAGGCGGCUGCCCAGGCAGGCGCUGCACAGGCACCCGGUCAGGCCCAAGCGGCCCAAGCCCAGGCACAAACACAGGCGAACCCACAGGCAUCUCAGCAGCAGGCAGCCCAGGCGCUCCAGCAGCAGUAUGCGGCCUACACACAGCAGCUGCAGCAACAGCAGGCAGCGUAUAUGCAGCAUUAUGCACAGCAAGCCGAGCAGCUCAAGCAGCAGCAGGAACAGAUGCAGCAGCAGAUGCUUGCUGCACAGCAGAAAGCCAUGGCCAUGGCAGCCAUGAAAAGCAAGCAGGAAGAGAUGAAAGCGAAGCAGCAGGCUGAGAUGAAACGAAAGGCCGAGGAGCACCAGAGGAUUAUGGAAGAGCGGAAGAAGCAGGCUGACGAGCAGCGAGCAGCGAUGAAGAUCCGCCAGUACAUGCAGAAGGUGCGGCUCUCGACAGAGGAGAACCUGGCCCAGCACCACCAGGAGUUAGCUGAUGUCAUGAAAGAAGAGCUGAUCAAGUGUGGCACGGGCGCGCCGAAGGUCAAGGAGGAGUGCGAUCAGGCGGUCGAGCAAGCGAAGACACGAAUCCAGGCCAUGAAGGAGGCCAAGAGGCGGGAGGACGAGCGCGUCGUGGUGGUGCCCCAGCAAAUCGCCUGGGUGGUCGAGCGCUUGGGGCGAUUUCACAAAAUCCUGGAUCCGGGACUCCAUUUCCUGGUGCCGGUGGCGGAUCGAAUCGCUUAUGCCCAUUCCCUCAAAGAGGAGGCGAUUCCCAUCCCCAACCAGCAGGCAAUCACAAAGGACAACGUCACCAUCAGCAUCGACGGGGUCUUAUACCUCAAGGUCGUAGAUGCCUACCAGGCUUCCUAUGGCGUGCAUGACCCGACCUUUGCGGUGACGCAGCUCGCGCAGACCUCCAUGCGCUCAGAGAUUGGCAAGAUGACUCUGGAUCGUACCUUCGAAGAGCGGGACGCCAUGAACCACGCCAUCGUGCAGGCCGUGAAUGCUGCCGCGCAUUCCUGGGGUAUUGAGGUGCUCCGCUACGAAAUCCGUGACAUCAUUCCGCCGACAUCCAUCAAGCAGGCCAUGGAGAUGGAGGCAGAAGCGGAGCGGCGACGAAGGGCCGAAGUGCUCCAGAGCGAGGGCGACCGUCAGAGUGAGGUGAAUUUGGCGGAGGGGAAGAUGCAGGCGGCCAUGCGCCAGGCCCGAGGUGAUGCGGAAGCAAUCCGGGAGCGCGCCAAGGCCACUGCAGAGGGCAUCCGGAUGAUCAGCUCCGCUAUCGCGGAAUCCAGGAAGGGAGAGCAAGCUGCUUCGCUCCGUGUCGCUGAGCAGUGGGUUUCUGCUUGGAAAGAGAUGGCCAAGAAGUCCAACACCCUCAUCGUGCCUGCGAAUGCCGGCGAUGCCUCUGGCAUGAUCGCCACGGCCACUAGCAUCAUGAAGCAGCUUGGCAAGGAAGAGUUGGCCAAGCAGGCCAGAGAGGCCCAGGAGAAGGCCACCGAACUACUGAAGGAGCUGGCAGCCAAGGUGAAGGAUGCCCAGACGGCCGUUGAGGCGCUCAUCGCCGCUGCGGAGCCCCUGAAGCCAGAGGCCGAGCUCAAGUUGGAGGUAGUCAACAAGGUGGUCUCGUCCUCGGAAAACAGAGCAGUGGAUGCGGGGAAAUGGGAGACAUACGGACUUCACAGUUUAAGGUAA